GCAUUUCACGACGUCGAUUUGCGAACGAUCGCGUUCUCGAUCGGCCAGAUGGAGAAGGGAUGUGCGACGAUGAGUCUCCCCGCGAUGACGGGCCGAUACGACGCCGCCGGUUUGUGACGAGUGUUCGACGAUCAGUGGAAGUAACUCGAAGAAAGUGACGGCGCGGAUAGUGCACCUUGGCCUCGGUGCUACAAGCGCGAGAAACGCUUUACGCGCGCUGCGGGUAAACGAAAGAGAACGCGGCAGGAGAAAAGGAGAGGAAGAAGGUUACGUAUCAGGCUGGUGCCUGAUAGGAGUGGUGGUGAAGCAGGAGAGAGAGAGAGAGAGAGAGAGAGAGAGAGAGAGAGAGAGCAAAAGAUAGAGAGAGAGAUAGUGGUAAAGAUAGAGAAGAGGGGGUGCGAUAGGACGUGGCGGAUAGGACGAUAGGGGGAGAGGACGAAGGGUGGGCCCUCCAAGUGUCUUGUCUCCUAUCAUCCUGUCGUCCAGGGUAUCGCUUACGAAUGUCGCGCGAUCGAGCGAUCCGUCUGCGAUCCACGACGACGCGCGAGAACGUCCUGGCGACGACCGCGCAUCAUCUACUACUAACGAGCGGCAGCCUCGUCAUCUGAGCCACGAUCAACGCGCUGUACGUACCUGUGUGUGUGUGUGUGCGUGCGUGUGCGUGUGUGUGUGUGUCAUCCUGAUAUGCGAUUAUCCGAGGAGGACAGCCGCCGGCGGAUCGCGUCGCGCGAGGCGACGGACUACGCUUAACCGUCGACCGGUCGACGGUUUGCUCCGAGAAUCGAGAAACCGUCAACGACGCGUGGCUACGAGCAGGAACGAGACUUCGUUUGAAGAAUCGUAUCGGGGCUAGCUGGGCUAGCCGCGCAAGAACUGCCGCAGCAACAGAUCUUUUCGGGUGGACAGGCACGUAGGAUGUCCGGCGAGACGGAGAUUGAGGUGUCGGUCGUGUCGGAGGAGGAUCUAGAACUGGAGGGCUCCAGGAGCAGUUCCACGCCGGCGGAGCUGCUGUUGCAGGAGAAGAACGGCAAGUCCGGCUGCGGCCUGAACAAUCACCAUCACUCCUUCAGCUUCGACUCGGUCAGCAAGCCGGCGCUCAGGCCCGCCUGCAAUCCCCAGUACACGUCCUUCAGUAUCUCCAGCAUCCUCGGCAGACCGGAAUCGCCGCCCGUCGAUUCGACAACGUCCACGGGUUCCGGGGAGAGACAAUCGUCGGACGUCGACAGGACGUCGCCACUACCGCCGACGAACUCGCAAAACUCGCAGAGGAUUCUCCCGCCGUCCUGCGGCAGCCCCGGCAGAGUCUCGUCCUCGCCGACGUCCCUGAGGCUGUCCGGCGGCCAGCGCGGCAUCCCCGCGACCGGUCACGCCGGCUUGGAGCCAAGGGCGAAUUCCGCGAGUAUCGGUAUCGGAUGUGCUACCAGUGCUACCAGUCCAGCUGCGACCUUCUCGCCGCCCGGCGACGCUUCCGCCAAUCCACUAUUGGGACACCAAGCGUCAGCAGACCUCGCGAUGCUAUCAAGAUUGAUAGCGAGCCGAUACCCGGUCGGCAUCGGCGGCCUGUUCUACCCGUCGACGUUGCAGCAUCUCCAUCAGCAUCAGCAGCAGCAACAUCAGCAUCAUUCACGACUGGCCGCCGCGGCAUCGUCCGCUCUUAGUAACGCCGUGCAGGUCGCCGGCCAGUCGCCGGAUAUCGUCGACGCCGACGGUAUCCGCGGCGUCCUCCUCGGCGGCGCCGGUUGGCCAUUUCCGUGGAGGCCGACGCACAGCCUUCAGACGCUCGAGCAUCCUUCGCCGAGCGACGUGGUCGGCACCCUCAGCCGCGUCAGUCCCGCGUCCGCAUCUUUCCCGCAGCGAGACGAGCUCGACGACGACAACGGCGACGAUCGUUUGCACCGUGCGAGAAGUCCGUCGAGCGGUGACGAGGUCCACGACGAUCUCGGUGAAGCGGACGAUUGUGCAGACGCCGACGGCGAAGGCGAAUCCACUUCGACGAGUCUUCACGGUACUUCGGCGAGUGGCGGUGGUGGUGGCAAUAGUGGCGGCGGUAACGGCAACAACAACGGCGGCCAAAACAACGUGCAAGUCGGCGUGGACGGUCGUGAAUCGAACAGCAUAAAGCGCAAGAAGAAGACUAGGACUGUAUUCUCCAGGUCGCAGGUGUUCCAGUUGGAGAGUACGUUCGACAUGAAGCGUUACCUUUCGUCGUCGGAGCGAGCCGGUCUCGCCGCUUCGCUCAGGCUCACCGAGACCCAGGUGAAGAUCUGGUUCCAAAAUCGACGGAACAAGUGGAAACGGCAGCUGGCCGCCGAGCUGGAGGCGGCGAAUAUGGCUCAUGCCACUCAAAGGUUGGUCAGGGUGCCGAUUCUGUAUCACGAGGCGUCGGCCGGCACCGCCACGUCCGCCGGCGUCUCCGUAUCGGUGACGGCGCCCGGACCACCGGGUCCACCGCCGCCGUCAUCGGUCGGCGCGACCUCCGCCUUGUCGCACUCGGUCGGUGUCGGCGUGGGCGUCGGCGUCGGUGUCGGCGUCGGCGUCGGCACCUCGUGCGCGCCCACCACGGCGCAGCCCAUCUUCUACUCCCAUCACCAUCAGCAUCACCAUCACCAUCCGGCGGCGGCCCACGUUCAGGCGCACAGUCUCCUGUCUCACCAGGUGCACCCGCAACCGCCACCCCCACCUCCCCCGCCGCCCAACGGCCAACCACCGCGGACGUCCUCGCAAUAA